CAGUCUGUCCUGACACAAGGACGCACCUUUUCCCCUCUCCUCUCCGGAGCAGUGCGCAGGGCUGAGAUCAAUCUGCCGGGUAGGGAGGGAUGAGGUCCCGGCAGACAGCCCGGAAACACAGCACUAGGAAAAUAAGUGGAUGUAAUUCUCCUCAAGACGAUGGUCUUUCUGGGCCUAACAAGGUUACGUCGUCGGACUUCUGAGCGUAUUUGAAGUGGAAACUUAUAAGCAGCGACGGAGCGCAGAGAAUUACUAUAAACUUACAAGCGAACUACAAACGUAAUCUAAAAAGUACUUUUUUAUUUUUAAGUUGCCACAGGCAGACUGAGUCAGAGGUUGACUAAAGUCACUUUUUUCUGUCGGAGUUGAGCCGGAGAUGGAACCAGAGGAGGGGAAGCUGUCGGUGUGGGUAUGCCGGGAGGAGAAGUUGGUCUCGGGGCUGACAAAGCGAACCACCUGCGCCGACGUGGUCAAAGUUCUGCUGGAGGACCAGAACCUGCGGCAGGGCACCUCGGCCGCGAUGCUGUCCGGCUCUCCUCAGUCCUACUGCGUGGUGGAGAAAUGGAGGGGCUUCGAGAGGAUUUUACCUAACAAGACUAAAAUUCUCCGGCUGUGGAGCGCCUGGGGAGACGAGCAGGAGAAUGUCCGCUUCGUCCUGGUGAAGAACGAGGCAUCGCUGCCCAACAACGGGCCCCGUAGCGCCGAGGCCCGGGUGGUCCAGAGCCGGGAGAGCGGCGGUCCGGGCGGCGUGCUCAAGGGCACCGCUAAGACUUGCUGGACUGCCGCGGCCGCUGCCGCCAACCUGUCCCAAGAGAAACAGAGGCGCAUAGUCAGGAAGGCAUUCAGGAAGUUGGAUAAGAUGAACAAAAAGAAAGAGCAGACUGUUUGUAAAGAUAAGGGCUCCGUAGAGAAGAUGGAGACACUGGUUCACCUGGUGAUCUCCCAGGACCACACUAUCCGCCAGCAGAUCCAGAGGAUCAAGGAACUGGACCGAGAGAUCGAGCGCUACGAGGCCAAAGUGCACUUCGACCGCAUCAAGAGACACGGAGUAAACUAUGUGCAGGACACAUACAUGGUGGACACCUCAUCGGAGGGUCCUGCUUCGUCGGACUGUAAGCGCAAAGCGGAGCGGCAAGACGCGCGUUGUACUGCGGAGGCGCUCGCGCAGUUUGAAGAGUACACGCGCCGGUGCGAGGAGGUGGUUCGACUGCAAGAGGAGCUGACGGAGCGCGAGGCGCUCGUUGAGAGUAUCACAGGGGAGAUCCAGGAGGAGCUCAACCGGCGGUGGAUGAAACGGCGGCGCGAGGAGAAAGGAACGGGAGCUGCUAAGGACACAGACAGUGUCGCGGAGGAGAUGUGCCUUGCAGCAUCUGCCGCUCCAGCUGUAGAACCAGAUGUUGACAGCCUGUCUGAUAACGAGCUUUCACUGGAGGAGGAGAGGAUCAAAACCCAGCUGGACACCAGUCUGUACAUUGGCCUGCGGCUGAAGACAGAUCUGGAUGCCAUCAGGGGAGACUUGGACCUGAGUCUGGCGCUCUGGGAGACCAAGGAGAGUGAACUGCUGGACCUGUUGGCCAAAGUUGAGACCAUGGAGAUAGAGCAGGUGAACAACAAAGUGACUGAUGAUGGUAAGGGAGAGCUGGGUGCGGAUGAGCGCUGAGAUGAGCCUGCAUCAUCAGAGAAAAGCAGCGGCUGGGUGGAGCAGGCAAGAGGUCUGUCAAAGUCCUGCAACACAAAUGACGAGGACUCAGACACGGGCCUGAGCUCCAUGCACAGCCAGGACUCUGACAACCCGCCUGUGUGCGAGUCACUGGUAUAGACUUGCUUUGUUUGGAAGCACGUUGGACUUUUCUGCAAUUCAAAGCCACAAACUCAGGGGCAGUGAAAUCAGUGUUGGCAAAAGUGGGAGAUGGUCUUCCCUACUCAAAAUGCACCUCAGUAUGGGCACUGUAAUUCUACAGCAAUAAUUUGUAUAUGUAGUCAUUGCACAAUAAGCUAGCAGGGACAGCAUGCUUUGAAGUUUGAUAGAGCUUGCUGCUCCAUAGCUGACCUUUGACCUCUGUAAGGAGUCAACAAAGUACCACUUACUAUGAGGAUAGCCUAGAAUAGUAUUAUAACAAGCCACUUAUAAUCUUUAGUCCUCAAAGUAACUUCAAGGUAUACUUGAUCACUGGUUUACAAAGAGUUAAUGAUAACAUGCUGAAGCAACUGAGAGGUAAGGCAAAGUGUCAAGGAAGCCUAUAAGUAGGAUUUCCUUCAAAAGGUCAACACCAAGUGGACCUUAAUGCACAGUAAAGCACAGUCUGCUAUCCAUCUCUAUACACAUCGAUUAGUCAACUACAAACCUGCUAUCAAAGCUCUCUCAGUCCAACAUGAAAGUGGGAUCAGCUCCUUCUAGUCCCUGGGAGGGGGAUGGGCUGUUAUUGUGCCCAGUAUAAAUGUAAUGUCUGUCUCUUAAACACAUGACAUAAUAUUUAUUUCGACAUGUUUUAGAGCUGUAUGCAGUAUCAUCUACUACACCGUCUUCUGCUUUGGUCACCUUUCAUAGGUGGAACAUGAAACAUUUGGUUCCUGUUCUGUCAUCACAGCCUGGUAGUGGUUGUUUCAUGGUUGUUUAAGAGGAGCAUAGAAAGGUGAGUGUAGAAAGACUGGAAAUGGGGAAACAGCUGGCCUGGCUCGAUCCAAAAAUACCUCUAUGGCUCACUAAUUAAAACAUUGUACCUGUUUUGUGUAAUACAUACAAAAAGCCAAGUAUAACAACUACACAAGUUGCUGGCUGGAGCUACUUACUUACAUGACUUGAGAGUAGUAUAGAUGGCCUUGUCUGACUCCCCCUCCUCCUAAAUGAGUUCCAGUGUGUAACCCAGGCUUUCUGUUAAAAAAGUCUCAAGGCAAAGCUUUAGGUAAACAGUAGAUAACCCUUAAACUCCCUCUCGAGCACCAGGAGACAUUAUACAACAGUUUUCACUGACUGAGUAGGACCCAUCACAAUGACUUAAUUGCAUUUCAUGCACAAAAUUGGUGGUGUGUCCUUUUAAAUCUGGGUUUUGACCAUUGUUGUUGUGUUAGUUUGGCUGUCCUGAUGGCAGCUUGUUUCCCCGAAGAGCAUCUUACUCAGCCAGAGGUAAUCUGGGUAGACAAGACAAGCCUCAUGUUUAUAUCAAGGUUUAAGCUAAGAAAUAAUUUGCUCUAGCAGAAGAGGACAACAUAGCAAGGAAUACAAACAUGAGUCUGCACAAAAGAUUCCUCCAAUGUAGUAGGCUAUAGUUCAAAUUAUGUUUCUUGUGUAAUCAACAAAUUUAUACAAACUUUGUAUGGAAAACAAUGGAGUCUAAAAAUGUGAAAUUUCCAUUGUAAGUCAUGUGUUUUUGGGCUCCCCUGCUUCUAUUUACUGUACAACUGACUUAAUAAUGGAGUUAUUCUCAUUUCAACAGCUGAAAAAAGGUGUUAUAUUUAUUUAGAAAUACAUCCAGUUAUCUAGUUCUUUAUAGUGUUGACAGGGCUGUACUUCUGAGUUCAUCUGUGGGUACAACCACUUGUAACAUUGGAUUUUAAGAUGCUUCUGGGAGAAAUGGCCCCAUUUAGUGAUCCCACAGCCCCUGUGUUUCUGAACACUGUGACAUUAAGGGGAACUAUUUUAAGCCUCAGUUCACUUUUUACAUCCUGGAAAUAGUUGCUGUAAAGUAGUAUAUCUGUUCUUCCUAGUACUCUCUUUCAUGAACUGCGCAGACAGUAAGCACCAGAAAAUACAACAGAAGCUAGCAGAGUACAUUAUUUUGAGAUAAUCUUUCAACUAAAUCAAUCACACUGUAUUUUUGUCAGGCUGUUGUGCUGUUACAUCUUACAUGUUUGACUUUGUCUAACUGUAAAAUGGUGAAAAGUGAAAACCUAACAGAGACUGUUUCUGUGGCUUUAGCUGCGAGCUGUAUCCAAAUACCAAAAUGACUUAUGUGUAGCUAAUUUUUGUUGCUUGAUCAGGGACAGUUUGGCCUUUUCAGUGUGUGACAUUCAGCAAGCUUUUCCUAGAUAAAUGGCUCUAGAUCAGCAACUCUUGAGGGCACAGCAAGAGAAACCAGAUGCACUGUGGCUGCAUUGUGCACCAGACAGCACAUUAUUACACGACUGUUAGUGUUGAAAUAAACAGCAAAACCUA